GUUAGAUUGAACUCCGGUUUCUGUGUCUGUCAAAUUAUUUAGCUAACCAGUGUUAGCUAGUUAGCCGGAAUGACACCUAGAGGAAUGGUGAGCAGCUGUGAGCGGUUUCUGUGAAUAGUAUAGCGGGACACACGUUAACACCUCUGUUAAAGGGACAUUUCAGAACUCUAGCAAAUACGCAGCGGAUGGCCCGGACAGCACUUGUCGUGGGACCCACAUAAAAAGAGGCGCAUCAAUCUUAACCUCUGGAUGAGUAAUGAACUUAAACCCCUUCUGGAGUAUGUCUGCCAAUACAAGUCGUAAGCAGAGACCCGACAACGAGGAACAGAGUGGGCACGGGGAGCAGAGAGCCAGCCCAGCCCGGCUUUCCUUUGGCAAAAAGCAGCUUCCACCCAUUCCUAAGAAUGCAGCCCCCAUAACCAAGCCAGCAUCAUUGGGCACCCCAGUCCAGUCAGCCAAUGGCACACACGCUUCCUAUGGCCCUUUUUACCUGGAGUACUCUCUGUUGGCUGAGUUCACACUAGUGAUUAAGCAGAAACUCCCUGGAAUCUAUGUCCAACCAUCCUACAAGUCGGCACUAAUGUGGUUUGGGGUCAUAUUCAUCAGACAUGGUUUGUACCAGGAUGGAGUCUUCAAAUUCACAGUGUAUAUUCCCGAUAACUAUCCGGAUGGAGAGUGUCCUAAAUUAGUAUUUGACAUCCCAGUCUUCCAUCCUCUUGUUGACCCUGUGUCUGGAGAGCUUGAUGUCAGAAGAGCAUUCACCAAAUGGAGACGAAAUCACAACCACAUCUGGCAAGUCCUAAUGUAUGCACGUACAAUUUUCUACAAAAUCAAUACCACGGAACCACUCAACCCAGAGGCUGCUGUGCUAUAUGAAAAGGAUGUGCAGUUGUUCAAAAGCAAAGUGGUAGAUAGUGUGAAACUAUGCAACAGUCAUCUUUUUGACCAGCCCAAGAUAGAUGACCCCUACGCAAUAAGAGAUGAACCUCCUGAAGGGAAAACACUCACGUUGCCACUUUUAUCCAUUGGUCACAGUUUUUCUCCAUGGAACCCUGCUGUUCAUGAGGAAGCAAAAGAGCGGAUGUUCACAUACAAAAGACGGCCUGAGGAUCACCACAAGGGAACGCAGGUGUCAGGGUUGUCUUGGGUGAAGCCUGGAUCCACACAGCCCUUCAGCAAAGAUGACAGUCCUUCCCAGAGCUGAACCUGCACUGUUGCUGCAGAGGCCACUAGAGGGAGGCACAAGCAUCGGAUGCCACACUACUGGCUUGCCUCAGCUGUUCAUGUGAACUGGAUCCUUGAAACAGUUGGGAGAACUUUAUAUUAAAUCUCCACAUUAUUGCUCGGCUUUAAAAGCUUUGUAAGCAUCUCCUCAAACAGCUUUAGGAUAAGGAAACAAAGUUUGUAUAAUAUAUGUAAAUCGACGACGACAAAUGGAUGUCUCAGCUACAUCAUUUAGGCUGUGAUGCAAUCAAAGCGCUUUCUCAUUUAGAUUUUCGGAUCCAUGCACAUCUUGGGCUAGGUGAUAACAUGCUGUCCCAAAAAGGAGCUGAAAAGUAUGAGCAAAGCAAUUUGCCUUCAUACGGUAAGUAUAGUGGACUACAUGAUCAGUACCACCUGUUGAAACUGGCUCAGGACUGUUUAUUUGUCAGAUUUGGAAUGUUGUCAGUCACAGCUGUGUGAAUGAAACAUCCUAAUUACCACCCUUCCCAAUAUCCAAUUAGACUGACAUAUGUUUUAUAUUUCUUUCUUAUUGGACAAUAAUUUCCUUUUAAUUCUACUGUCUGUCUUCUAUUGUCUUACAUAGUUCAAGUAUGGUUUUAAAUGAUACGCUAAAUAAGUAAAUUCAUGUAUUUUAUUUUGAUUUUAAAUCAUUUUGAAUGUUUUAUGUACCUUUUGGAUAUUGGUUAUUAAAGGUUUGAUGUGUAAAUAAUGGAUGCUGUGCUAAGGUUUGACUUUAGGAGAUGUGUCUGCAGCAAUGCUUGGAUUUUCAAAGCGAAUAUUUUGGUUUACUUUCUUUCCAAAUGUUACUUACACCUUUACAGAUAUUUACUUCACAAGUCAAAGAAGUUACUGCUGGAUUCUGACCUAGGUUUAAAAAAAGUCAUGUAUUUUGAUAAGGUUUAGUUAUUAACUAGUUUCCAAGCAGCACAAAAUUGAGUUUACUCCAGUUACAAGAAAUACUCCUUUUCUGUUUUGCUAGACCAAAGUCAUUUUAUAUGCGACGUCUUCACUUGUUGUGGGCUCUGGAUGAAUUCAUAGUAAAAUUGCCCAGCCAUUUUCAAUAUUAUUAAACUAAGGAUGUGGAAAAUGUGUGACAUUUUUUAAAUGUGGGUUAGCCCCACCUGUAAAUUACUAUAUUAGAAUAGCAGAUAUGGUGCUGAAAUCUAUUGAUCUAUUCAUAGCUGCUGUGAGAGGAAGGAUGUAAUAAAAUCUCAGUGUACUUUGCACACUGCCAUUCAGGCUGUUGGUAUCCUCAGACAUGAGUUUUAAUGUGUUCUAUAUGGAACCAUUCCUGCUCCACUUUGUGAAAGACAUUACUGCAUAGAUGACAUGAGAUUUAAAUGCUUUUCUUUGAAAUCAAUAAAAUGAUUUAAAAAAAAAAAAAA